AACACACUCAAGAUGCAGCUGCAGAUCUUCACGGUCGAUGCAUUUGCUAAGAAACCUUUCAGCGGGAACCAAGCUGCUGUAGUACCCUUGACUCAGAAUCUGGAUGACGCGACGAUGCAGAAGAUCGCUUCGGAGAUGAACUUAUCCGAGACGUCCUUCUUGGCUCCCUUGAACACAGAUGGUCCCGAUGAAUGGAAAACCUGUAGCAAUUUCUCUCUCAGGUGGUUCACCCCCGUUACUGAAAUUGUUCUCUGCGGUCAUGCCACCCUAGCCGCCGCACAGGUCCUUUUCCAAAACCUAGGCAACACCAACAACAAACUCGAGUUCCAGACCUUGAGUGGGACCUUGGUGGCGAGGAAGGAGGGCGACCUCAUCCUCCUCGACUUCCCCGAGAACGAGCCAGUGAGUCUUACCUCCGAGGAAGAGCAGGAACUGUCGCCCUUGGUCGAGGCUGCGUUGGGAGAGGCAAAGGCGGGGGCAAGGACCGUAGCGAUCUCACACCCCCUGAAGUAUCUCAUGGUUCAGCUCGACGAUUCUUGUACGAGACACGACCUCGAGGCCAUCCGUCCGGACGCGCGAGCGAUGGAACGCCUCCACGACGGCUCGAAGGUCAAGGCUGUCAUCGUCUGCGUCAAGGGGCGUCUCGAGGAGGAAGAGAAGGAGAAGGAGAAGGAGGCCAAGGAAGGCGAGAGGAAGGAGCGUGAUGUUUGGUCACGAUUUUUCGCUCCUUGGUACGGCGUCGAUGAAGAUCCGGUGACGGGAUCCGCUCAUACUGUUCUUGGUCCCUUCUGGUCCCGGCGUCUUGGCAAGAAGGAACUUUUAUGUCACCAGUGUUCACCGCGCGGAGGAGAGGUCACCGUGAGGACGCGAGGUGAUGGAAGAGUCGACAUCAUAGGUCAAGCUGUCACGGUCAUCUCAGGUCACAUCACCUUGUAAGAAAAAAAAAAGAAAGAAAAAGAAAA